GCCGCGGCAGGCUCCGCUCGGCCCGUGAGCCCCGCCGAAGCCGCCGCAUGCGAAGAGGGCGCCCGCGGCGGGCUCGGCCACGAGGUGGGCGGCGGCUUGGCGCCGGCAGGCGUGGGGGCGGUGCCCGGCGGCGGCAGCGACCGCGCAGAGGGCGCGGCCUGCGCAGCAGAGGGCGCCGGCGUGGCCUGCGGGGCGGCCGAGUGCCCCUCCGCAGAGGAGGCCCGCGGCGAGGCGGCCGGCGAGGCCGGGCACCCGGAAGCGGAGGCGGAGGAGGGCGGCGGCGGCGAGGAGAAGCAGGAGGCCGCUGCCGCCCGAGGCGCCAGGGGGCUGACCCAGCAGGAGGGCGCGGGCGGGCGCGGCGGCGAGGCGCUGGAGCCGCCAGGCCUCGACGAGGCGGCCCUGGCCGGCUCGGCGGGCGCCGCCGAAGGCGCGGCGCCGAAGGCAGCGCACGGCGGGCCGAAGACGGGCGAGGCCGCCGACGACGAGCGGCCUGCGCGCGACGAGGGCGCAGGCCGCAGCGCGCCCGCGCAGCUGUGGGGCCCUGGCCCUGCUGGCGCGCGCGGGCAGGGCGGCGAGGCACCCGACGAGCGGCCAGCGCCCGGCGGUGGCGACAGCAGCCUCGCCGAGAGCGCGCCCGCGGAGCUGCCGGGCCCGGAAGAGGCCCCAGGCGCAGCGGGCACCGCCCAGGGCGCGGUCCGGAAGGGCGCGCGCGGGCGGGAGGCGAGCGAGGCAAGCGAGGGGCCUGCGCCGGACGAGGGCGCGAGCCUGCUGGAGAGCGCGCCCGAGCAGGACCGCUCCGCGGGAGCACCUCGCCCUGCCGCGGGGGAGGCGCCGACGAACGCAUCGCGCUGCCCCGAGGCCGCGGCGGCUUCGGAGGCCCGCUGUGCACUGGAGCCCCUGGAGGACACGCCCGCAGCAGCGGCGCCCACGGGGCAAGGCCGCGCGCCCUCCCCGCCGCGCAGGGGCAUCGGCGAGCUGCUGUCGAUGGCCGAGGCCGGCGCCGAGAGCUUCUGGCUGGAAGAGGAGCUCGGCCCCGCGCCGAGGCAGGCGAGGACGGCGUGCGCCCAGGGCCUCGGCGCAGUGGCGGAGGCCGGCGCCGAGGCCACCUGCAGGCGGGAGGAGCUCGGCUCCACCCCGCUGGGAGGCGCCGCCAGGGCGCCGCGCGACCCUGCGCAGCGGACGCUCCCCCCGCCGCGCGGGGCCGACCCGGAGCGGGCCGCCCUCUGCGGCGCGGCGGCGCUGGACGUCAUCUCCUCGGUGGUGGAGGAGCUGGAGAGGCUGAACGAGGAGGGCCGCCGCGCAGCAGACGCGUGGCCGGUGCCAGCGCCGCCCUCCGCCAGCAUGGCGGAGGCGGCCGUGGGCGAGCGCGAGCGGCCUGCGGGUGAGGCGGAGGGCCGCGAGGCGGAGGGCCGCGAGGAGGAGGAGGAGGAGGAGGAGGAGGAGGAGGAGGAGGAGGAGGAGGUCCCCUCCUCCGACGGCAGCGGGGCCGCCUGGGCGUCGGCGACUGGCCGCGCGCGCGGGCGCCUCAAGCGCGGGCGCCGCGGCUCCUCCGAGGGAGGAGCCGCGCUGGCGGUGCCACAGCAGCAGCAGCAGCAGCAGCAGCAGCAGCAGCAGCAGCAGCAGCAGCAGCAGCCGCAGCAGCAGCCGCAGCGGGAUGGCGACGGCGGGUCAGGCGGCGAGGGCGGCGGCGGCGGCGAGGAGCCCACGCGCCCGCACACGGAGGCCCAGGCUGGCGAGGCGCCCGGCGCCGAGGCCGAGCUGCGGCUCGCGGCCGAGGGGGCGCUGACGCGCGCGUGGGACGCCGAGCGGCUGGCGCAGCUGGCGCGGGCGGAGCUGGAGGAGGAGGCCUCCAGGGCGGCGGCCUGGGCGCGGAGGGGCGGCGAGCUCGAGGAGGCGCGGGCGGCCGCCGCUCGCGACGCGGAGUCCCUGCGGGCCGAGCUGCGGUGCGCGGCACGGGCCGCGGAGGAGGAGCUCGCGCGGGCGGCGGGGCGCCUGGAGGGCGAGCGGUGCAAGUUGCGGCAGGCCCUCCUCGAAUUCGGCGAGCGGGAGAGGCUGCUCGAGGCGCAGCGCGCCUGCGAGGAGGAGC